AUUCCGAAUAAACGCAUCCAACGAAAAGAAGGGUUUUGCGAAAGCCGAAGAGGCGAGCUCGGCAAAUACAAGGGUUUCUUUGGAGGAAGAAGAUCAGAGAGAGACGGACAGAUGGGAACUACCCAAGUCGAAAAGACUGAGCAAGAGCUUCGGAAGGAGAUCGAAGAACUCCACCGUCAACAAUGGGAGAUUACAGAACGGCUUCGGGAUCCUAGAGGUAUCCGUCGGGGAGGUCUUACUGGCUCUGGUCCUCGUAAUUUCUCCGCCAGUGGUCCAGCUCGUCAGCGUGGUUUUGUUAGACCUGCUGAGAGGAACGAAUCAGAAGACCAACCCGCCCCCAAGAGGCGACUUUCUUCUACUGUUGUGAAGAUUGAGGAAGGGGAGAUUGUUGAGGAUGCUGUGGAUGCUUCAAAGGGUGAUGAUAGCAACAAAGAUUCGGCCAUGGAAGUAACUGGAUGGGGUGGUAAUGGUGAGAACCAGAACAAUAGAAAACCUUCAAACUGGGCUAGGAGGGAUGGCAUUCAUAGAUUGUCCAAGAUGGAUUCUGAAGUUCCUCCAUCCGAGAAUGUUCCUAGAGUAUUACCAAAAGAUGAGGACCCCAGCUUGGUUAACAGGAAUAGGAGAAUGCUGGGACAGCUCCUCGGAACUUUGGAGAAAUUUAGGAAAGAAGACGUGAAACUUUCUGGCUCAGAGGCAUUUAUGAGGAGAUCUGAUUCACUGAAAAGAGCCGAGCAAAGAGCACGUGAAGAAAGUGAGAGAUUGAGGCAGCAGGAGCGUGAGCAAAUUGCUGAAAAGAGGAGAAGAGACUUGACUCUUAGAGCACGUGUUGCUGCUAAGGCAGAGGAGAAAAAAUUGGAACUGCUGUUUCUUCGUUGGAGUGAACAUCAGAAAAAACUUGGCAAUUUUUUAAGGACCAAGGCAGAACCCCCUAUAUAUUACUCGUUUGCCAAACAACUUGAAGAAGAUUCAACCGUACUUGAGCAAAGGAAAGAGCAGGCAUUUCAAGAAUGGAAGGCUGCUAGGAGAGAGGAAUUGUCUAAAUACCAACAACAGAUUGGUGAACAGUAUGUUGCUAACGUUGAAAAGGAGCUUGAAAGGUGGCAAAAUGGUCGAAAAGCAAGAAAUGGAAACAAUGACACAUUGAACUUACAAGAGACGAUGGACAAAGAACUCGAGACCCAUAGACUUGAGCACGGGCCUAAGACACGGAAGAUCCCAGGUGGCGAUAACAACGAAGAUGAGGAUGAUGUGGAAGAUAUGAAUGUAGGGGAGGAUGACAUGAUGGAUGAUGUGUUGGAUGUCGAUGAUAGCGGUAACAGGAGAGCUGAAGAAACUGUGAAGCCUGAUGCAGCAGGUAAUCUUAGCCCACCUCCUGCUAACAAAGAUUAAAUUGAUUAUUGAGUCUGGUUUUGUUGGUUUUUAAGUGUGGGAAUGUGAAUCUAUUUCUCUGCAGUUUUGUUGUAAACUGAAUAAUUUAGUGAAGUUAGGAGAUUUAUGAUAUAGACUUAAAAGAAGAUGAUAAGUAAUUAUUGCUC